CUGACUUCGAGUUUGGUUUCUUUUUGAAGAUUUACUUCUAAUUUUGAAAAUGGAAACAAUUUUGGAGCAGCAAAGAAGAUAUCAUGAAGAACGUGAACGAUUAAUGGAUUCAAUGGUCAAGGAGAUGUUACAUAAAAAAUCAGGGUAUCGUGAGUCAAUCAAUUCAGAUCACAGACUUAAAAUGCUUCUUGAUCAAUACAUGGAGAGUACAAACAAUCUGAUGGAACUUUAUGAGGAUAAAGAUGGUCUGCGCAAAGAAGAAGUUGCUGCUCUGUCUGGACCAAAUGAAUUUGCUGAGUUUUAUUCUCGUCUUAAGCAGAUCAAGGAGUUUUAUAAAAGACUACCAAAUGAGAUUUGUGUCCCAAUGUCAGUGGAAUUUGAAGAGCUAAACAAAAUGAGAGAGAAUCCCUCAGAAGAGUUUCAGAAUCUUGCUGAAUUCACUGAUGAAGAAGGCUAUGGGAAAUACUUGGAUAUGAAUGAAUGCUAUGAGAAAUACAUCAACUUAAAAGGAAUUGAGAAAAUGGACUACAUUUCCUACCUGAGCAACUAUGACCACCUGUAUGAGAUCCCAAAGGAGCGCAAGAACGCAGAAUACCGCAAGUAUCUUCACGCUCUGCUGGACUAUCUCUACGGCUACAUCUCCAGAGUCAAGCCUCUCCUGGAUGUCAAUGCUGAGGUUGACACUGUCAUGAAGGAGUUCCAUCCUGCAUGGGAGAGUGGCACCUUCCCUGGCUGGCCGAAAGAGACGGGCAGUGUGCUGACGAACGUUGGAGCUCAUCUGGAUCUGUCUGCAUUCUCAUCCUGGGAGGAGUUGGCCUCUCUUGGACUGGACAGACUCAAGUCAGCUCUCAUGGCUCUGGGCCUCAAAUGCGGAGGAACACUAGAAGAAAGAGCACAAAGGCUGUUUAGUACCAAAGGCAAGAAAUCUCUGGAUCCCAAUCUGCUGGCAAAAAGUAAACCAGGCAAAGGAGGAAGGUCACGGGACAAUGAAAGACAAAGAGAAAUCGCCUCUUUGGAAGCCCAAGUAUACAGGUUGUCAGAAAUAGUAGGAGAGCAGCGUCUGGCUACCAAGGAGAACGUACAGCGCAAGCAGGCCAGGACGGAGGGCGAGAGGGAUGACUCUGAUGUGGACGCCAGUGCCUCGGACACUGAUGAUGAGGAUGAGGACGGUGUUCCUUACAACCCCAAGAACCUACCUCUGGGCUGGGACGGCAAGCCAAUCCCUUACUGGCUGUACAAACUGCAUGGACUCAACAUCAGUUACGUGUGUGAAAUCUGUGGCAACUUUACGUACAAGGGUCCUAAAGCAUUCCAGCGGCAUUUUGCUGAGUGGAGGCAUGCCCACGGUAUGAGGUGCCUUGGUAUACCCAACACAGCUCACUUCGCCAACGUCACACAGAUUGAGGACGCCCUUGCGUUAUGGGAGAAACUGAAGGUUCAGAAGCAGGAGGAGCGAUGGCAGCCAGAGCAAGAAGAAGAGUUUGAGGAUUCUCUAGGCAAUGUGGUGAACAGAAAAACCUUUGAGGACUUGAAAAGACAAGGGUUGCUGUAAAUGUCAAAGUGUUUCGAUAAUAUUUAAUUUCAAUUGUAUGUAACGUAAAUGUCUAUCUAUAAAGAUUUUAUCUAAUAAAAUUUGUAUCGUUUAUUGAAAACCAUUUUUAAAGUAUACAACUUUUAAAAUUAAAGUACUUUACAAAUACGUCACUAAAAUACAUAAAACGAAAUAUAAUACAAUCUUGUCGACAAAAGAAAAAUUAAAUCAACAUUGUUAAGUAAGUUCAGUCCUCAGACUCAAACUUUGCUGCAUUCUAUUAAGAAAGUUUGGUGUUAGAACUGUUGCCAAAUGUAUGUUUUAAUUUGGCGCGAUCCUACACUCUUUUCUAUUAUAUCCUGUAGCAAUGUAUUAUCAAGUAAAUUAAAUUAAAUUUUACAACUCU